UGGUUGGGGCGUCAGAUGGGCCUAUCACCGACCCGAGAAAACACCUGGAAUUCACACCUUAAAUCCACUCCUCCUGGCGUCCUAUUGGUGGAGUGCCCACAUAUAUCCGUCACUCUGCAUCACCAGGAGGAUGACAGCGGCCUGCAGCAGAGAGCCAAAACACCAUCAGCAUCUGUAACCAUGCGUUUUAGCCACGACCCCGCCGCUUUCCAGCUCUGCGCAAACGGCGCUAUGUUCGAAAGCGAAGACUUGGGCUCCGCAGACGUGGAGCAGAUGACCGAGGUGCGCUCCCCGAGUUCAGGGCCCUCCAGCCCGCUGUCGGUGAACUCGGACUACAGCUGCGCCAGCCCCGAGGCCAAGUCUUCUUCAGCGCAGCAGAGAGUCAGGAGGCCCCUGAACGCCUUCAUCAUCUGGACUAAAGAGGAGCGCAGGCGGCUGGCGCAUCUUAACCCAGACCUGGAGAACACGGAUCUGAGCAAAAUACUCGGAAAAACCUGGAAGGCCAUGUCUCUGGCUGAGAAGCGUCCAUACAUGCAGGAGGCUGAGCGCCUGAGGGUCCAGCACACAAUCGACUAUCCCAACUACAAGUACAGGCCCCGCAGGAGGAAGCAGCUGAAGAAGAGCUCCAAGCCUCCGAGUGCAGAUGCCUCCUCUUCCCUCCCCUCGCUCUGCAGCUCAGGCUUCACGAUGCCCUACAACCUCACCUACCUUCUCCAGAACCAGCAGCAAUCCUACCCAAGCACGCCCGCUUUCCCAAACUCCCCAGCUAACUGCACCCCUUUGCGCAGCAGCUACCCAAACACUCCAGUUUUUCCAGACACAGCAGCAGCAGCAGCAGCAGACGCCUUCCAAAAUAGGCCUGAGGUGUACCCAAACCCGUCUGCGUACCCUGCAGAGCCUCAGGUGUAUUUUGGCAGUCAGCACGGGCACAUGCAGUACGGUUUCUCAAACUCUACAGGUCCCCAUGUGGAUCAGGCGGAGUCCAGGGUUUACGGGGGCCUGCUGUGCCCUGCUGGGCCCUCCCUGGAGUUUUACCUGGAGCAGGUUCAGCUGGACAUGCUGUACGAUCUGGACCGCAGCGAGUUCGAACAGUACCUGGGUCCGAACCCCCACAGGCCUGAGUCAGUGGAUCCCAGCAGCUACCAUCAGCAGAGCUGCCACAGAGAGAGACGCUCACUGUCGUAAAACUACUACAAAUGGUGUAUUUAUUUAAAUUAUUUCAGUGUGUCAUUUGAUGACUGCUGAAAGUGUAUAUUGUGCAUUUUGUUUUUGACCAGUUGUGUUUUUAAAUGACUAGUGUACUGUCUUUCAGUGUAAUUAUAAUGUAUCAAUAAAUAAUUAAUUCAA